AUGAAACCAGGGAAAAAGUGUACAGUUUGGGAAUGGAUUGAUGAAGAACCUGAGAAUAUGAAGCCCAUUGCAGAAGAUACUCUUUCAGAUGUUGCAGAUUAUCUUAUACAAGUUUUAGAGGAUGUGGCAUCUGUUAGAGAAGAAGUGAAACAGUUGAAGGUUAUGGUUUGUGUACUAAUUCUGUUGGUCAUUGGUAAGGUUAUGUUUUGGGGUUGA